GGUAUAACGGAAUACCUCGAAUAUUAACGUUCAGUACAAUUUCGUCCAAGAUACUGUAAAUGAACUGGGGAAAAUAAACAUGUAAAUGGUGAUAUUUGAAAGCAUUCCACAGGGAACUUAAAAUAUGACUAACAAAGAACAACAAGAUGAAGAACUUGAAGUCUUGCAGUCAAUUUAUGAUGGUGAUGAAAAUUUCAAAAAGACUGGAGACUCAACAUUCCAGUACAAGUAUGGUGAACACAAUAGCUAUAAAUCACUGGUUGUGGAGAUAACAUGGGGAGAAAGUUACCCAGAAUCCCCACCAACAAUAAAUAUGGAUACAUUCUACAACAAACAUGUUGUACCUAGUGUGAAGGAAAAAAUAUUACAAGGACUUUUAGAACAGGUUGAAGAUUUGUUGGAAACAGCAAUGACAUAUACAUUAUUUGAAUGGGUGAAGGAGAAUUAUGAUGAUUUAAUGGCAGAUCAGCCAGAUGCACCUAUUGUUAAUACAAAGAGUGAAACAGAUCUUAGUCAGACAGACAUGAAUGAUGAAAAUCUAAAAAAGAAAGAAAGGAAAGAACAGCUUACUAAACACCAAAAAAGACGUUUAUAUGAAAAAAUGGGAAAUGCAACAGGUGAAAAGCCAAGGGGCUGGAACUGGGUGGACAUUGUAAAACAUUUAUCACAGACAGGGUCACAGGAUAGUUGAUGUAUAUAUGAUAUUUAAGAUUAUAAAUCAAUAACAAGUUAACUUUGUCAUCUAAAUGAUAGAUUGUGAGGGUGGGGUUGGGAUAUUGUUUGUCCUUUUAAUUUGUCCUCCUUUGGACAGCUAUAAGCUUGGCUAUAAAAUUUUGUUCUGUAACCUGUACAGAUUGAAUAAUACUCCGGCAAAUUAGACUGGAAAUUUCCUUCCUUAAAUAACUUUUCACAUUUUCUUGGUUUCUUUAUUUUUUUUAAAAACAGAGACAAAACUGUUAUAUAGCUAAACCAGUCCAUAUAAGAUCAGGUAAAAUCUGCUUUAUGACUAUAUUUAUCUUUUAUUAGUUUUACAUCUUACACUUAAAAAAAAAAUGCAGUUUUUGAUGCCAACAAUAUUUUAAAAGGAUACCAUUUACAUUAGGCUUCUUAUUACUUCAGAUAUUAUUUUAGUAAUAUUUUUGGUGCAGACAAUAAAUUAUUGUAAAGAUAUAAUUAAAUGAUAAAAAAAAAUGAUGCUUUUACUAAAUGAUACAAUGAAUUUAUGUGCAGUUGUGUAAGUUAAUGGCAAGAUGUAAUCAUCAGUUUAUGAAGCAGAUUGAGGGGUAGGAUAGAUGCUGAGCUGUUAUUUCAAAAUGAUACUGCAUUUAUCACAAAAUAAUUGACUUAAUUUGUUGUAAUUUUCAAACUACUACAAAUUACUAGUUUCACAUUUUUGAUAUAGAGGUGAGUUACUUUGAAUGACAGACUUAUUUAUGGAAUUGAUGAGGGUUUAACAUUAUAUCUAACAUAUGUAGAGGUAUGUAAUGAUUGUACUACUUUGAAAACUUUGAUACAGUGAUUAUUUUAUACAUGUAAAUAUAUUUUGGUUUAUAUGCUUAUAGUAAGGAUAUGCAAUGAGAUUGUUGUUCUAUGGCUAUGGCUUGCAUUCAAUCACAAUACUGAAAUGAAAAGUUUACAUUUUAAAGUAACAGCCUCCGUGGUCGAGGGGUUAGAGUGGAUGGCUUCUAAUCCAGUUACCUCUCUGGUGUGGGUUCGAUCCCCGGGAGAUGCUUUGGUUGUUUAGCACGGAGGCAGGUAGCUUAGUACUGGUGUAACUCUCCAGGAACGAUGGUUAGGAAACUACCCGCCUAUAUGACUGAAAUACUGUUGGGAAAAGGCGUAAAAUGAAACAAACAAACAAACACACAUUGUUAAGGAGCUGGUGAAAAAAUAACAAACUUUUAUUGAAUUUGACUUGAAGUCUUUUGACUUUGGUAGUCUUAAUAGCUGAUAUAAUAACUUAGAUUUUGAUUAAUUUAACAUAAUAUGUUGGUUUAUUUCUUUUGACUUGUAAAAUUAUAGUAGUUUUCCAUAUUAUUUUCAUAACAUAUUUCAAAAACAUUCAUAUUUAACAUGUAACAAGGGAUAUUUCACCUUUUUGUGUCAAAUCAUCUUAAAUCCAAACCAAAUAGGAAAAUGUUUUUUUUUUAGAUUUAUGCAAUGAAUUUUACCGUUCGUUUCUUACCCCUUCCACUCUUAUGGCAUCUGGGUUAGAUUUUGUUUGUUUGUUGUUGAAAAUUGUUGUUGUUUUUUUAGGGUGGGAAUUUUAUCAUAACAAUGGUAUUUAAACUAAAUUUCAUUAAUUUUCUUAAUGUAAAUGCAUAUGUUAUUUAGAUUUGUGACAUAAUUCUAGCUUAUAACUAAAUAAAUCAUAUAUACCCCGCCCUUCAAAACAAUGUUUUUUGUGCGCAGUGUUGGCAUUUGUUAAGGUCUUGCCUUAAUGAUAAAUUCCUUGUAUGGAAAACUGUUUGCCAGUUAUAAUGUCAGAUUGUUUUGUUAUUCUGCAAGUUAAAGGAAAUAUUCCUUGAUAAUGGUGCAAUUGUCAAUUAUUU